AUGUCUAACGCCACAGUUGAUCAGAUUACUUCAGAGCUCAACGAGACCUCCUUGAACACCAAUGAAACUAAUGAUGUUCCUGCAAUUAACACCACCGUCUCCAAUACUGCAUCUGAGGAUCUCGACAAUGCUUGCCAAACUCCUCAAAGUACCGUAGCCCCUCAUCCUCAGGCAUCUGCAUCCCUCUAUGUUGGUGAGCUUGACCCCUCGGUAACCGAGGCAAUGCUAUUCGAGUUGUUUUCUCAGAUUGGAAGCGUCGCCUCAAUCCGUGUUUGCCGUGAUGCUGUAACUCGACGUUCUCUUGGCUAUGCGUAUGUCAACUACAACACCACAAUCGACGGUGAAAAGGCUCUGGAAGAACUUAACUAUACUUUAAUUAAGGGACGCCCAUGUCGUAUUAUGUGGUCACAACGCGACCCUGCUCUUCGUAAGACUGGACAGGGCAACAUUUUCAUCAAGAACUUGGACACGGCAAUUGAUAACAAAGCCCUUCAUGACACAUUUGCUGCUUUUGGUAACAUAUUGAGUUGUAAGGUUGCCCAGGAUGAAAAUGGAGCCUCGAAAGGCUAUGGAUUCGUUCAUUAUGAAACUGAUGAGGCUGCAAGCCAAGCUAUCAAGCAUGUAAACGGCAUGUUAUUGAAUGAGAAAAAGGUUUUUGUUGGGCACCAUAUCCCAAAAAAAGAUCGCCAAAGCAAAUUCGAGGAGAUGAAGGCUAAUUUCACUAACGUUUACAUCAAAAACAUACCGGUCGAGGUCACAGAUGAAGAGUUCCGCGAUCUUUUCGAGAAGUAUGGUGAAGUGACAUCAGCCUCACUCGCACGUGACAUGGAUACGGGGAAAAGCAGAGGAUUUGGAUUUGUCAACUUUGUCAAUCACGAACAUGCGGCGCUUGCAGUGGAUGAAUUAAACGGGAACAAUUUCAAAGGACAAGACCUAUAUGUUGGUCGCGCACAAAAGAAACAUGAACGCGAGGAGGAACUCCGCAAAUCUUAUGAAGCGGCACGGAUUGAAAAGGCAUCCAAAUACCAGGGAGUCAACCUCUAUGUGAAAAAUCUAGAUGAUGAUUUUGAUGAUGAAAAACUGCGUGAACUGUUUACUCCAUUUGGAUCCAUCACCUCGGCUAAGGUAAUGCGUGAUAAUGUUACAGAGUCUACAGAGCUUGACGAUAAAGAAUCGAAAGAUGCUGAUAAAGAUAAAGAAAAUGUAAAAGAAGAAGAAAAGGAAGACGAAACAGAGUCUGAUGCGACCAAGUUGGAAAAGCGACCUAUGGGAAAAAGUAAGGGUUUCGGAUUCGUCUGCUUCAACAAUCCUGAGGAGGCCACCAAAGCUGUUGCGGAAAUGAAUCAGCGAAUGAUAAAUAACAAACCUCUCUAUGUUGCAUUGGCGCAACGAAAGGAUGUGCGAAAGAGCCAACUGGAGGCCAGUAUUCAGGCCCGUAACCAAGUUCGCAUGCAACAGGCUGCUGCUGCUGCUGGUAUGCCACAACAGUACAUGCAAACGCCUAUAUUCUACCCGCCCGGACAGCCUGGAUUUGUUCCCCAGGCUGGUGGUCGUGGCAUGCCAUUUCCUCAUUCUGGAAUGUCUAACGCACCAGUCGGUCGACAUUUUUCAGCUGGGUUUCCCCCACAAGGUGGCCGUGGAGGCGCAGGACCACAACAACUUCCUCCAAGCAUGUACGGACUUCCUGCUCAAUUUCCAUCCAACAACCCCUAUGGCCAACAGCAAAAUCCUCAAUUCAUCGCUGCGAUGCAACAGGCUACCCAGGCAGCUGCAUUAGUUGGGGGACGACCUGGACCAGGCGCCCGUGUGCCUCUACAGGGUAUUCCCAGUAUGCCGCCUAACAUAGCAGUUCUACAAGGGCAACAAGGUAUGCCCCCGGCCUUCAACCAGGCAAGUCGACAACCAGGUAUUGCCGGUCGAGGUUCACAAGGACCGCGUCCUAAUCAGUACCAAGGAGCAACUCCUCAAGCUGUUAGAAAUGGAAUGCCCCCGCAGAUGAUAGGAAUGCCACAAGGAUCACCAGAGAGCGUCUUACAAGCUCAGCUAGCUAGUGUCCCUCCACAGCAACAGAAGCAGGUGCUUGGUGAAGCGCUCUUUCCUAAAAUUCAGGUCCUUCAGCCAGAGCUGGCUGGAAAAAUAACCGGUAUGCUCUUGGAAAUGGAAAACCAAGAGUUAGUUAAUCUCAUUGAGGAUAAUACUGCUCUUCGAGCAAAAGUAGAAGAGGCUCUAACCGUCUACGAUGAGUAUGUUAAGAACAACAAAGAGGAGGGCGGAGAGAAUGAAAAUUCUACCGAAAAUCCCGAUGAAAAGGCUUAA